AUGGCAUCAUGCUGGAAUUCCUCUGUGAACUUGAUUCGGUCUGCUUCUUGCCACAUGGCGUUAGCGAAUGGUAGUUCGCGAGAAAGGUUCAUAACGUUUGGAAAUUGGAAAGUUCCGGACCACGAUUUAUCAGAUGCAUCGAUUAUUAUCGACUGCGAAAACGAGAAGGUGGUAGUACCGCACAUAGCACUUACAAUAGCCGCACGCAAACAUGUCAUUUGUCCCUCCCACCAGAAGCACAAUGCGAGCGCUAAUCAGUUUUGUAUCUACUCAUUCAGUAUCACUAAUAUUCGAAUAAAUCGCAAGCAGAAGAGCUUCUAUACUAUCGAUUCGCCAUUUGCGGCGUGGUAUGAGAGCUUGGUUCCCCUUUGCGGAGUUACAUCAAAACGCCGCGAACAGGACGCUCUGGCCGGACCUUUUUCAAUUACUCGGUCUCCACCUGAAUUGCCUUCCGCUGCAUUCUCCGUCGUAGAUUCCGGUGAAAGACGGUGCUUGAAAGGAGCAAAUAAAUGUGGAAUUUGCAAACCGAUCGACACAAGAGCUGCCAAAAGGAGCGAACCAUCAGAAGAUCAUACGCACGUGGCAACGGCUGCUUUCCGUGUUUCUGCCACCCAGCCCGGCACUCACCAGACGAACGGCGCAGCCACAACUGCCGCCACGCGUAUAGUCAUCUCGGCUUUCUUUUAUCGAACAUCACGCAGCACAGCACGCCCCUUUGGACAGUCAGACGCUCAGCCUGACUCUCGCUUUGCCUCAGUUUCUCCCCACAACACUUCCUCUCGACUAUUCUCCGGCCGCUCCGGGAAACCCAUCCACACUGUCAAACGGAGCCCGCCUCCAGGCCGCACCAAGCAUCGUUGCAACGACUCCGAACAUCGCCGUCCUUUGUCCAGUCAAAGUGUCAACGGUGGUCGGAACAGUCGGGAUCAGCAGAAUCAUCGACAUAGUAGAGCAGAUCGACCCAACAUGGGACAGUCAGCAGUCAUAGAAAUAGGGUCGAGUUCCAGAACAGCUCAGACCUCCAGUCCAGAGGCACAUAGUAAUGAAAUACGGCUACUUGAUGGCCUUAGCACCGACUUUUCAUAUCUUCGGCGGUUUAUCAUCGCAACGAACCAGAUGGUACGUCUAUUCCAGACGGAACUGGCGCAAAACAGCGAAGAGAUCCAAGAGAAGCAAGCUGCCACUUCCACGUUCUGUCGUCAGCUCGUCGACAACAUCGAGAUCGCGAAGGAGACGCUCUCAGAAGCUGGUGCAAGUGCGCGUCCGUUCGUUGCCUGUCCAGCACACCUCGUACGAUACCGCCAGUCGUACUUCGAAAUGCUCUCAGCUGCCCGGUCACUUGUUCCAUACAUGAAGGAUGCCGACGUCAAACUACGCCUAAGAAGGCUUUUACUUCCGUUGACAUCGACGUCACGUUUUCGUGUAUCGCUCCCUGCCGAACGCCCCAGGGUAAACAACGGAACAGCGUCGCCAACUUGGUGGGAUAACUCUACUCCGAAAGCAGAACCAUUAGGUCCCGCACCUGCUGCAUUGGUCAAGACGCCAUCAUCUCGGAGAAGAAUACGGCGUACAUCGUCGUCUGGCGGAAUCAAAUUUGCGUCCUCACCAACUUUGUACUCUCAGACUUCGUCUGAUUCUCCCUCGAAGCCACCUUCCACACGAUCAACGCCCUCAGCUAGCUCCAGGAGUCACACAAGUCCAUAUCCCACCCAAUCCCCUUCUACCCCUGUGAACACCGAUCUUCCACCAAGUGAAGAGGAUGCCGGGCAGUCGAAACCUAGUCCCAUGUAUGCCGAUUUCACUACAAACUCUCCCACUCCUCCACCGCAACAGCAGCCUCAAUCUGAGAAACAGCCCGCACGACCACCAAUAGCGUAUGUAUCUCCGCAGACCACGAAGCGCCUCAGUCUAUUGCAGCAGCAGCACGUCGACCUUCUUGGAGGUUACAAAGCUUAUCAGAAAGGCCUGCAAAGUGCAUCUCCCGCACCCGCACCAUCAAGUACCCAGCAAUGGAGCUGGCCCGGUUCGGACCGAUCAAGCCUCAGUGGAAUAGAUUGCAACCUUCCUCGUUCAAAUGGGCAUCCUAGUAGUACAUCAUCAGGAAACAAUGAACUCUUCCCCAGUCCUCCCUCGUGUAUUGUUACACGAUCCCGAUAUUCGGAAGAGGAGUUUGAUAAGGCCGAUGAGAACUUCAGAAAGGGACUCGGAUGGGCACCGUUAUUGAAUCAAGACUGGAGUGCAACUGGGGGUGUUCCAACACCUUCCCCAGGACUGACAUGGUGCUCCAGUUGGGAUGAACCUUAUGGACCACGUCCGACAUAUGCCUCGGAACUAGUAGCGAGUGUGCUUGGCGAACCUGUUCAGCAGAAGUCGCUGGCGGAAUCGACAUGUACGAGUGAGUCCUGUUAUGUGAGAGCCACCGGUACAACACGUGUACUCGAUGAGCCUGCUUACGGCUCCUGGGUUUCAUCACCCACACUGAGUGGUAAUUACCGCAGAAUGAUGACAGAACGAGUCAACGACAUUAAUGUGGAUGCAUAA